CCCGGCGCGCCGGCCGCACUCUCGCAGCGCUCCCUCCGCGCCCGUGUCGCCGCAGCCACCGUGCCCGGCCGGCCCGCCGGGAGCAGCCGCCGCGUCCCCGCCCCAGCCGCCGCUCCCGAGCGCCCGGGGCCCCGCGCCCCCGCCAGCGCCGCCCGGCCCGGCCGCCCCGCCGCCCCCCGCGGCCCCGGCCGUAGGAGACAGAUGACAGUGACGCUACCUGGGUAACUGUCCCCUGGGCCGCUGCGUGUGCACUGCCUGACAGAGGGAGCCGCUGCGUUAAUGCCUAGACUCCUUAACUAACAGAUUAGCCGGUCGCUCGAUGGGGAGCAACGGUGGAGCCCCUUCCCGUGUCAGCGCCCCACCUCUCCGCAGCCCCAGAAACCACGCCUGCACCCCCUCGGUCAUGAUGAUGAAACUGGUAUUAACUGAGUGGCAAUUAUGGAUUUGUAACUCUCACUCGCAGUAACCCAGCAGCCACAUGCUCAGAAUCCAGCCAGAAAGCGCUCUGCCUCCUGCGCACCGUCCGAGUGGGAAGUUGUGCCGAGAGGAAGAUAAGGAUUGCUCGCUGGGGAACGCGACGGAAGCAGAGAGAGGAGACGUCUUAAUUUAUCCGCACAGAUACGCGGUAGUGUUAUUUACAUAGUAGGGUAAGCAAUACAGAUCCGUUUCGGUGGUGAUGAGAAUGGCCCCACAGAAUGCCGACUCGGAGUCCAUGCAAGUCCAGGAGCUGCCCGUGGCCCUGCCCGAGCUGCGGAAGCCCGCAGGCGCCGGCCCCGAGCCCCGCGAUGAGACCGUCAGCGAGGGCUCCAUCGACCGCAUCCCCAUGCGCCUGUGGGUGAUGCACGGGGCCGUGAUGUUCGGCAGGGAGUUCUGCUACGCCAUGGAGACGGCCUUGGUCACGCCCAUCCUGCUGCAGAUCGGCCUCCCGGAGCAGUACUACAGCCUCACCUGGUUCCUGAGCCCCAUCCUCGGCCUCAUCUUCACGCCUCUCAUCGGCUCCGCGAGUGACCGGUGCACCCUGAGCUGGGGCCGGCGGCGGCCGUUCAUCCUCGCCCUGUGUGUGGGUGUGCUUUUCGGGGUGGCCCUCUUCCUCAACGGCUCUGCCAUCGGCCUGGUCCUCGGGGACGUGCCUGGCCAGCAGCCCAUCGGCAUCGUGCUCACGGUGCUGGGCGUGGUUGUCCUGGACUUCAGCGCCGACGCGACGGAGGGGCCCAUCCGCGCCUACCUGCUGGACGUGGUGGACAGCGAGGACCAGGACAUGGCCCUCAACAUCCACGCCUUCUCCGCCGGCCUCGGCGGGGCCAUCGGCUACGUGCUCGGGGGGCUGGACUGGACACAGACUUUCUUGGGCUCCUGGUUCCGGACGCAGAACCAGGUGCUGUUCUUCUUCGCGGCCCUGGUGUUCACGGCGUCGGUGGCCCUGCACCUGUUCAGCAUCGAGGAGGAGCAGUACUGCCCCCAGCAGGAGCGUGCCGAGGCCGCCCCGCCCGCCCCGCCCAGCCUCCUGGACGGCGGCCUGUUCCCCGACGAGGUGCAGUCGGAGCAGGAGCUGGCGCUGGACUACCUGGGCGUGGAGCUGGUGCGGAGCAAGAGCGACUCGGUGCUGCACGUGCCGGACGCGACGCUGGACCUGGAGCCUGAGCUGCUGUUCCUGCGUGGCAUCGAGCCCUCCAUCUUCCACGACGCCUCGGGCCCUGGCACGCCCCACGGCGCCAGCCAGGACCUGGGCCCCGCCCUGCCGCCCCGCCUGUCCUCGCUGCUCGGGGACACCACCAAAGAGGACGCCGUGCUGCUGGACAAUCACCUGCACGAGGCCAAAGUCCCCAACGGCAGCGGCUCUCCCCCGAGGGACGGCCCCCCCGGCUACAGCGCCGGGGACCCAAAGCCCUCGACCGCGUCCAGCGCCCUACGGCGGCGCAGGCACGGCUUCCGCCGCCAGGCCUCCAGCACCUUCUCCUACUACGGCAAGAUCGGCUCCCACCGCUACCGCUACCGGCGCGCCAACGCCGUGGUCCUGAUCAAGCCCUCGCGCAGCAUGAGCGACCUGUACGACCUGCAGAAGCGGCAGCGGCAGCGCAGCCGGCACCGCAACCAGAGCGGGGCCACCACCUCCAGCGGCGACACGGAGAGCGAGGAGGGCGAGGGCGAGACCACCGUGCGGCUGCUGUGGCUGUCCAUGCUGAAGAUGCCGCCCGAGCUGACGCGGCUCUGCCUCUGCCACCUGCUCACCUGGUUCUCCGUCAUCGCCGAGGCCGUCUUCUACACCGACUUCAUGGGCCAGGUCAUCUUCGAGGGGGACCCCAAGGCUCCCUCCAACUCGACUGCCUGGCAGGACUACAACGCCGGCGUGAAGAUGGGCUGCUGGGGGCUGGUCAUCUACGCGGCCACCGGGGCCAUCUGCUCGGCUCUGCUCCAGAAGUACCUGGACAACUACGACCUGAGCAUCCGGGUCAUCUACGUGCUGGGGACGCUGGGCUUCUCCGUGGGCACCGCCGUGAUGGCCAUGUUCACCAACGUCUACGUGGCCAUGGUCAUGAUCAGCACCAUGGGCGUCGUGUCCAUGAGCAUCUCCUACUGCCCCUACGCCCUGCUGGGGCAGUACCACGACAUCAAGGAGUACGUCCACCACAGCCCCGGGAGCUCCAAGCGCGGCUUCGGCGUCGACUGCGCCAUCCUCUCCUGCCAGGUCUACAUCUCCCAGAUCCUGGUGGCGUCGGCCCUUGGGGGCGUGGUGGACGCCGUGGGCUCCGUGAGAGUCAUCCCCGUGGCGGCCUCCGUGGGCUCCUUCCUGGGCUUCCUGUCCGCCACGUUCCUGGUCAUCUACCCGGAGGCGCCGGAAGAGGCCAAGGACGAGCAGAGAGGCCUGUCCGCCCCGGCGCUGGGAGAGGGCAGCGGCGAGGAGCCCACGGUCCUGCGGCUGACGCGGAAGGAGGGCCCGCAGGGGCUCGUGGAGACGGAGUCCGUGGUCUGAGCGGGUGCGGGGCACAGGCGCCCGCGAGCGGCCAGCGCUGCUUCUGUGGCCGCACCAGCCCGGCGCCUGCCCAGCGAGGGGAGGCUGCUGUCGCGUAGGCAGAGCCACGAGCCAGACACCACCAGGAUUCACUUCCUCCACAAUUAAAAUCAUUUGAAAUCUUUUUUUUACUGAAAAAGACCUUUAAUUUCCACUUGGACCCGCAGGCACACUGUCCUGCAGGUCUGAAUUGUGAGCGAGGCUUACCAUGUCGGCCGUGAGCAGCCAGGCGCGGCUCGGAGACGGAGGGCGCCUUCCGCGGCGCCUCUGAGCCUUCAGGUCCCAGCCACCUGGCCGGUGACGGCCGUGCUCGCCAGGCGUGUUCUCUGUGGUGUCGGGACGUGUCAGAUCUCGCCACGCGUCGGUGCUGCUGCUCGCUGCGGGAGAGUAUUUUUCUUUCCGAUUUUAGAAAAAAAAAAUUUUUUUCCAAACACUGUUUAGACUAACAGCAUCUCCUCUCCUCCUCAGAGUUUGACACGUGUGCCCGCUCCUGGGCAGCGGGCAUGUGGCAGCCACACACCAAAGCCGGGAGGGCAGGGCCCUGCUCCUGGGGGCGGAGCGGGCGGUUGGCGAGGGCCACGCCUGACUCCGCCCACGGGGACCAGCCAGGCG